AUGAGACACAAGAGCAUGUCGUCUUUUUUGAACCCUCACUCGAUGAAGGCGUUCGAUCGCCCCUGCAGCCAAACAGGAGAAGUUCUGUGGGUUACGCUGCCGUUGCUACUGUCGGUUGCAUGGGCAACAUGCUGUUGCGUGGCUGUGACUGCGCAGGGGACUUCUUCUUCUCCUUCCUGCCCCUCUGGGUGGGCGUUAUGGCCGAUAGAGCUGAAGGCGCGUGACGACAGUUCAUCGGAUAGCGGCACGGUGUGGUGCGUCCAGCCGCAGGAGGUUCGAGUGGCACCGGCAGAGACGGUUGAAGCUUGUGCCCACAUCUUUGGCUUACGCCCACCCCGCGGUUGGAGUGAAGCCAACAGGGAGCUUAUUCCACAACCGCUCUCUGUUCAUUCCCAGGAGCAAAAUUUGUGGCUGCAGGGAUUGCUGAAUCCAUUUUUUGGAGAUUUGGGGGAACUCGUGGCGCUCGGUGGUGCAGCUGGGUUUGGGGAUAUUGUUUGGUGGGAUGGCAUGAACAAUGUGAAUGGUGCGUCACCCUACACAAAUUUUUCUCCGUCAACGAACUGGCAAACACAUAGCGGAUGCAUCGCCAUGCAACGCGAUGGAUUUUGGCGUCUAGUGGACUGUAAAACCCCCAAAAGGCCCUUUGUUUGUGCGUUUCAAUGGAAUCCUUUGAGUGAGGGGAACACCAGCAGUAACGAUGGCGAUAAUAGCAGUGACAGUGGUGGUGACGCUACGACAACAAAUUCUUCAUCGGGGGACAAUCCUGUCGAUGCACCGCAACCCACUCGCCCGCCGGUACCACAACCACCACUUGAAUGUCUCGAUGGGUGGUCAUCAUAUAAGGACAAAUGUUACCGUCUCUACGCGGAAUUGAUUGACGGGGGAGAAAGAGGGAUGAAUCAGCAGGCGGCGCAGAGGUUCUGUAAGUCAAUUCAUCCCCGUGUGACUCUCACUGCCGUUUUGAAUGCAGAAGAAGAUGCCUUUCUUGGGCGUCUGGUGCAGGACUGGGCACGGUAUCACAACUAUGAUUUGUCUCAAAUUGAAGUCUUUAUUGGCGGAAUCUUUACAGCUCGUGGUUCAGUGGGUGUGUGGUACGAAGACGCUUUGUGGUACGGGGAGAAGGAUUAUGCGCUCAGCUUUCCUUCGAGCCCUACGUGGCCUACGGCAAAGAACAAAUUGUAUUCAAAUUGGGGUGUGGGAGAGCCGAGUAUGACGUUCGGAUGCGUGACGGUAGAUAAUAACGGUACUUGGAGGGCGGUGGACACCCGAGUAUCGUUGCCGUUUGUAUGUGCUUACCUCAACGACGGUUCUGUUAAACCAGAGGUACCAACCACUGCCCCAGAAAGCGGCUCUGCUUCUUCUGAAGAAGAUACAGGCUCCAACGCCACCGAUCCAACACCUGAUCCACACCAAUCGGAUUUGUGCAGCGAUGAUUGGGUGUAUUUUGCACCCACCAACCGUUGUUUUCGUGUCUUUACGGAUCGUGCUGUUGCUGCGGCCGACUUGGAGGAGUCCUGUGGCCGGCUCUUGGACUCUGCUGCAGUUGACACUAUUCAUGCGGCUACCAUAACAUCUGUAGAGGAAAGUGUCUUUGCCGGUCGUUUGGUGGCUGAAGCAGGCGUACAACGUGUACUGGUAGGCGUGUCGUACAUAGAGCGAGGAAUGUAUGGUUUGUAUCUCGACGGUGCGUCGGCGUGGGAGUCGACUCUAGCGGAAAGCUUGUGGGCCGUUGGGCAGCCAUCACGUGAUAGUGGUUGUGUCAUCGUUGACCACACUGGUGCAUGGUACUACUUUCCCUGUGGCACACCGGCCAAUGCGUAUGCAUGUGCGUAUCGCGCAGGGGCGGUUCAUGCACCGACGAGCAAACCAGCGCCUACUGAUGUACCGACAUCAGUAACAACAACAACAACAACAACAACAACUUCUGCGCCAGAGAGAGAAAAAUGGCCGCUGGAAACACGCAUUGCAUCACUUUCAGGGGCGGUUCAUUUGGUGUUGGCAGCCGGUACUGUGGGUACAUACACGGUGGCAGGCGCGGGUGGACGGACGGACGGACUUUUGCUCAUGUUUGCUCCCGAUCUAUCGGAAAUUGUUGCGAGGGUGGGGUGGGAUGAGCAUGUGAAGGUAUCACCAUGUGUUUGGGGAUACAAAAAACAAGAGUACACAUUUGCCGUGAUGCAGGGUGUGGUGACAAUCGUCCAUCCCAACCAGACGAUGCGUGGGCGCGUUUGUGUUUCUGAUGAUGGGAUGCAUUAUGUGCCGGCAGGCAACAUCACAUUUGAAGUGUUGGACGUGGCACUGCGUGGAUUCAUUCCCUUUUCCUCUUCACAAAAGGAGGCGGAGGAGGCACAGGGAGGUGGGAGCAACGAAAGUAGCGUUAUUGGGGGUGGUAACGACCCCAUUUUUGUCUCCCGGGCGGUUGGCAUUCGUCUCUGGUCCAGUGGGGUGUUACAACUUCGUUUUCAUCGCCGCCUCCCUGGCACACGGGCGGGGAUUUGUCAUCUUCGUUUUUCAUCUUCCCCAGACUGCACGAGCGGCCGCUACGUCCUCUUUGGGGAGAGUCUCACCGUGGUUGAGCGAGAGCGGGGACGAGGGGUGAUCACGUAUCAACUCGCAAAUGUUUUGCCUUCCAACGGCAUUGGCCUCGACUGGCUGCACGACCCCGCGGAGGAUGAAGAACGGCCGGCUACGGAAUUUUUUGUCUGUGCCGCGGCGUCCACGAAUCCUCUUCCGCCGCAACCGCCGAACAGCAGCGCGUCAGGCUGGAGCGAGAGGAACUCCUACGACGGUUCGUAUUCCUCUAUUUCCGAUACGGACGUGUUCUACGAAAACGAUAUGGAAAGAAACACGUCAUUUUCAUUUUCAGUUGACGGCCAGCCAAUGUGGCUUUACACUCUCGUUCCUCACUUGCGGGUGCACGUAACCCCUCCACACGUUGCUGUUCGUGGCAUGUGGGCCCUCCCACCCUCGGGCUUUAAUGCUUCUGGUGUCUUUGAGCCGUCAUCCUUUGGGCCCUCCGUGAAGACCCUUUUUUUGACGCAGUUUUCGUCACCCGUUAUUGUUUUUGACGGUGAGGGCCUGCGUGAAGGCAUGGUAAUGCUCCUAUCGCAGGAACGGGGGAAAUGUCAGAGGCACCAACCAACGUCUGGGCGCAGUUCGGCCGAUUUCCCGCUUCCAUCUGCACUAGACACAAUGCUUGCCGUUAGUACGGUGUUUUUUUCACCAGGGGCUUUGAAUGGAAGCAGCGUUGCUGAAAAAAGUCGUGUGGCGUUUAUGCAACUUAAUCUUAAUCACACAGGCAUGUGGGGGACAAAUUUCACUGAAAAACGUCAGACGUGGCAUCUGUGUUUUGCAUAUACACCACUCUCGCGGUUUGUACCGCUUGCCGGUUUUAAGAUCAUUGUGUCGCGGGCUCGUAUCUCUGUCACUGCGACACAUGAGGGCUACAGUGGAGACGUGAGCAGCGGAAGUGCUGAUUCAUCGCAACUGAAUAUUGGCGUAGGUUUCAGUGGCCUGCUAAGGCUGUGGGGUCUCGACGUGCACAUGUGGUCCCCUAGCACGAUCAGCAUGGCGGAGAUUGCGUUUGCACAUUCUCCUCCAGGAAACGCGAGGAUUGCAGAUCCGACGCUUCAGUGUACCAAUACAUCACUUUUUUAUCGUCAACGCUCCUUUGGUAUUCUUAAUCCACACAGCGCUACCAAUAAUGAUCUGCGUUCCUCUCGAAACGUCAGUGGCGUGACUUUGACGGAACAGCAACAACAGCGGGCAGCCGUCGUAGUGAUUCCACCAGGGUUUUUGAAUGAAGAAACUACGCGUCGCAUGCGUGUCUGCCUGUCGGUCCCUCUGUCCUUUCAGAACAACCGCCGUGUAUUCAUCCCCACCAGCGCUACUGUCGAUGUUUACCCCAUUGAGGUGCAUUUUAUUGGACCCUACGCGGUCCAUUUUCCCAUUGCGACGACGGACACCCCUCUAACGGUUGUAGAGGUGUCUGAAAAUGUAAAAGAAUUGGUGCUCCCACUUUUUGGCUACGGUUUGAGUGACGACAUGAUGCUCUUCCUCUCUGAGAAGCCUUGUCUUUCUUUAUUUGAUGAGGGAGAAACGCAUGAGGAGGCAAGAGGAGCAUGCGUCGAUUGCAUUAGCCGCAUGAACUUCACCAUUAUGCGCCCUUAUGAUGUGCCGCCGAACUACCGACAGUUAAAUUCGUCACACAGUUCAGCUUCCGUGGGUGACUUUUUCAUUUCUCUAAAUGAAACACAUACCGCAUCCGAGGUGGCUGACCGUGUAUUUGGAAGGGCACGGGAACCGCUCUUUCUUUGCCUUUACGCGCAAGGGACGCGCCGCGCGGUGUAUCCACUUAGAUUUAAGUUUGUUGUACGCCGGCCGUACGUUAAAUCGAUUCGAUCGAUAGGCACAUCUCCCCUACAACAGGACGGGGAAGCGACGGUGGUUGUGUACGCAUCUUUUGUCGAUCUUGUUGUGGAGGGAUUUGGAUUGCAUGAGGGAGAGGCAGCGUUCGUCCCUGCGGUGGACUGCAGCAAUGCGACAAGUUUCCUUUGGCGCAGUCCUGUUCGCACCUCAGCGGUGCCGUCAAUGGUCAUCAACGGUGGCUCCAUGAGGUACGGCGCCUCUUCAUCAAAAUCAUCGUUUUCUUCUAGAUACUUGAGCCCUCUCACUUCCACGUCUUCGUGGUUUCUGUCGCUCACGCAGGCACAUACGGCACGUAUUGGAGCGGUUGAACCAACCGACGAUGUCAUUGGACGAUUCCAAUGGUGUGUGCGUUACCGAGACGCGGAUGCAGAUGUGGAUGGUCGUGCGUCUGAUGCUUCUGCUUCUGCUUGUGCUGCUACGGAGGAUGUCAAUGCGUGGAGGAGGGGGUUUGUACCAACAGGCAUUCCAUAUCGCCUUGUGAUUCCACGCGUCGAUGGCUUUCUUUUUGGUAACAGCACGGAGAAACACAUUAAACGCAAGACGCGACACCCGACGCUCGGAAUGUGGGAGAGUCUGCAACUCGUUGGGCCACUUAUUGAUCACACGUUUGCACUGGGCAAUCCACUCUUUAUGUUUCUUGCGGAGGAUGUGGUGCCGUGUAAAAAACUCAAGAAGCACUUUAUUAAUACCAAUAGCUUUGAUCGUUUCAUCACGGCGGUGAAUGGCUAUGCGAUUAUUUUGCCAAAACUCUUGAACAAUACGGGGUCAUUCAAACUUUGCGCCAGCGCUAUUCACCCUGAGCGACAGUCGUCUGAGGAGGGAACCGAAGCGGCGCUGCAAUUUUUUGAACUCAAAGGUCUGCGCAUUGAGCUGGAGAGACCUGUCUAUUCCGUCUUCUCGCUGAACCGCACGGAUUACGUCACGGUGGAGCAGGGGCAGGAGUGGACGCUGCCAAUAGGUGGAUCGGGUCUCUCCAACAUGUCCCUUGUGCGGUUUCGGCCAAUCGGCACUAACUGCAGCACGCCAAAGCCUGACUUUUUGGACGAUGUAAUUGUGAGAAACUUGUUUGAGGGCUUGAAACUAUUUGGAGCGUUGGCUACGCCGUUUCGGCCAGAAGGCAACGUUGACAAAAUGACUGACUCCCACUACAUUGUUCUUGAGCGUGACCUCAUUCGAGGCCUCUCUGUGCAGGAGUACAUGCUAUGUUUCAAACCCGAUAGGUCAACGCGGUGGAUGAGCUCGGAUAUUGCGUUGAACGUCCGCGAGCAUGUGCGGCAUCCAACGCGUUACUCUUACUUUAAUGCCGAUGGGAGUGAGGAUGUUGUCGCUGCCACGGCAUUGCCACCAACAAAAAUUGCGCUCGAGUGGCUCACAAACGAGAGGGAGACAACGAACAUUGUGGCUGCUGCAGGACGUGAAGUGGCAGUUGCACUGUGGUGCCGUGGUGGAGCAAAGGGGAAUACAGCUGCUGUGGUGCCAUGUGGGAACUGGAGGCGUGUGAUGUUCGUUCGGCCGAUGGAUGACGGGAGCGAUCCGUGCUUUACUGAUUUUGAAGCCAUUCAGUUGGAUGUUGUACGUGGUCCAUAUGUUCUUGAUGAUGGCAUCCUUACAAUUCCACGUGCGGUAAGCCGCAACGUGGGUUUUUACCCUAACGCCACGCAGCCCUGGAUUUUGUGCCUGGAGACCGCACCGGAACGCUGGCGAGAGUCCAUUCAUCCACUUCUGCAAUUGCAGUUUACGACAGCUGUUCCGGUUGGGUUCCGUCAUUUUCCAGAUGAUGCCAGCAACACGACAGCGACCUUUUUUGGUAUGAUGGGUGAUGCAGAUAUUUCCGAUGAUCGCACCGAUUUGGAGGGCAACAGAACUUUGAUUCUUUACAUGGAGGAGACAAGCAGAAUAUUUUAUUUGAAUGGCUACGGCAUUCAACAUGGCUUUUUGAUGCGCUUUGGGUCGCACUGUGAAGAAGAUGUUUUAGCAGUGGAUUCAGAGGGGAAUCGUAGUAGAACAGAACUCGUGGCGGCGGUACAGGAACUGAACAAUACCCUGCUGUACGAGGAACCUCUCAUUCUUGAGGAUGACCACGGCGUGUUUCUUUUUCCUUCUACGCACUUCGCCCACCUGGAGGCACGGACGCCAAUGUGCCUCUCGACCAAUGGAGGUGCGUCAUACGUUAAAACGAAUCUUUCAUUGACGAUCCUACCGUCACGUUUGCGACGUGAUUUGCCUGCGGAUGAGUCACACAUUUCUGAGCUUGCCUUCCGUCGCACGCUCGUUGUCCCGCGGAUGAGCAAAGGCACAGUGAGUGUCACCGAGUUGAAUGCUAAUGAUUACAGUGAACCCAACAGCAUGAACUACCGGACGGAUAGUAGUGAUGCAUUUGCGGUGGGGACGCGGGUGUUGCUUUCUUCUGCAUGCCACAAGAGUCGUGAAGGGCUUCCUAUCAUAGUUGUGAUGGUGGCAAAUACUCUCACUUUGACAGAAGCCCACACGCGGGUUGCCACAAAAGGACGGCUGCAGAUAUGUGUUAAAAUGUCUGGGGAUGAAAUUGUUGAUGACGGAAAUGUUAGCGAUGGCGAUGGGACAACAAAUGUUUUUGCAUUUCGUCCGUCGGGUUUCUUUUUCCAGGUGUUGGAUGUUGCCGUGACAUCGGUUUCACUACAUCGAGUUAUUCCGAGUGAUGUGGCGGAGCAGAAUGGCAUCCGUCACCUUGUUUUUUGCCGUGGCAAUGAGUCUAUGAUGCUUGUCGUGACCAUCGAACCAGGAAUGAAGGGUAAAGAAACAACUGAAGAGUUUGUCUCGGCCCAUGGUUAUAGCGUGGAGGAGCAGUAUAUAAACAUGCUCAAUGUACCAGGAGCACUGGCAUUUUUCCGUUUGGCGAAGUUUCGUCUUGGAAGACCUUGCAACGUUUUGGAUCCACAGGAGCAGGCGGCAACGGUGACUUCACUCUCGAAUUUGACCGCGACGUUUGCCAAUAACAAAGUACGCAUUUGGACAGAAGAUGGAUCCGAUGCGGUGAUCUUUGUGGUGCCUUUACACACCGAAAGGAAUGAGACAGUGGAGCCAUGGUCACCCUCUUCGCUCUGCUUUUCCGUGGAUGGCGGUCGGCAUUACAUGUCCGUUGGUAUUUCUUACAUCUCUGUCUCGUGGGCCCCAACACUCGGGGUACAGCUCUCCAUGGGGGCAGAAGAGGCGGAAAAGGGGGUGAAGAAUCAGUCGGUUUUCUCCAGUGCCAUUUAUAUGUUUGAGCAGAAGAGUCAAUUUGGAAGGCUUGUAGACACACGUUACAGCACCGAUCCGUCUUCUUUCCGCGACACUCCGUUAAACCGCUACUUGAACGGAUUCACGACAGACGCGCUCUGGUGCGGCUUCUUGCAAGGUGUGGGGUUUGUGAGUGGUGGUGAGUUGUAUUUGCCAGCAUUAACAAUAGGCGAUGAACCGAGUGAAGGCGAGUUACUCUUCUUUAUAAAUUAUCGUCAGCGAGAUGUACCAACGGGAUUAAGAAUGCUUCUAGAACCAAUGUCGCUUCAGUGCAUCGGAGAGAUCCCCACAACCCUUCAACAGGUGCAUAGCCAGUCCGCUGGAUGGCUGUUGCCCAUUGCGAGUCCGUGUGGACGCAGCGUUCAGGCCGGCAUGAUUGUCCGUUUUAUUGAUGGGAGUGUGAGGUCCUGUGACUCGCCGGAGGUUGACCAAGCCUACGUGAUGGAUGCUUUUGUUGUGAAACCGCGGGAAUGGAUGGGCAGAGGUGUCACGCCAACAUCGACAACAUUGCAGCUUCCAGCCUCUUUACGUUACGUUCCCAAUGGGAAGUAUAAACUCUGUGUAAAGAAAUUCUUGCCGUACCGAUUUGGGAAGGCCUCUGUUUUUGUGGACACACCUGUGAGGAUUGAAGUGACUUCUUUGCUUGCGGUGAAGGAAUUAUCAGGUUUGCGUCAGGGCGUGUUGGCUGUUUUUCAAGGCGGUGAGUUAGACUUAACCGUACGUGGUUCUGUUGUGCCGUUUGCGGAUGAUGUUCGCAUUGCAUUUGUGCCAGUAGAGAUGGAUGUGCAGGGUUCCGCUGCUGUGUGCGGUACUCUUUGGGGAAAUUCGGGAGACCGCGGCGUCAAUGGGACAAUUCCCACCUUGUGGAAGAGGGUGACCGGCGGGUUUACGAUUCGUUUGCAUUCGAUGGAGCUCUUCUCCGGCAAACCCCGCACUCUUUACCAUGUAUGCUACAGCGUUAAUGGGGGCAUCAGUUUCCACCCGGCAGGGGAUGCGCCGCCGUUUCUGCAAGUGACUGUUCUUCCGCCCACCAUUCUUGGGCUCGCGACGGAAAAUGGGCAAAGAGUCUACAAUCGCGGUGGUUUGACGAUUACCGCGCUGCGCCUUGAGCGCCUUUUGGACCUUGAUUUCUCUACACCUUCUGACACCGACCCGUCAUCUGUGCGAGUCACUUUUUUUGCAGAGCGGCCACCGAGUUAUUACCACCAUGCAAGUCUGUGUUUUAUUGGGAAUGGCAUUGGCACUGGGAAUGACCGUGAGGCGACCAGGGCGGUGGGGGCAUUGGCGGUUGCGGUUCUUCGCACAGACAUAUUUGGGGAAGUGUGUAGCGGAGCCAACUUGACGUCUGUGAUUCGGGCAGAAUACUCGGAGUCUUCUAAUCCGCUGGUGCUUCCAGUGUUUCUUGUAGACACGGGCACAGGUUGUCUCUGGGAUCCUGCUGCAACGACGGGAGGCACUGUUGGUGCUGACGGCAGAAGCAAUCUUACCGGUAAAGGACGUGAUGGUGGGGUUCUACGGGAUGAUUGGCUAAUCAACACGGCGGCUCUCCGCAGAGCGGGCGGCCUUGGCGCAACGCCGCUACUGAAAGGGUCUUCAUCCACAGAGGAACGUCUUAGGCGUUUGUCCACCUCGUAUCUGCUCUGCACAUCCGUGGACGGCGUGCACUUUUACAGCGCUAACUUUCUUUUGAGGAACGAAAGCCAAGGCGACGUGUGGGACUCUACGCUUUUUUCCUCGUUGGCAACUGCGGUUCCGCGCGAGUCGGCGGUGCCUUUAAAGAACGUCAGUCGUCUCCCGCUGGUGCUUCGCGUGGACCCAAAUAUUAACGGUUCGUAUUACACCCGCGACUUGGCCGUUAUUUUACAACUUGUUGUUCGCCCACGUUUAGCCGCAGUUUCGACGAACUUGGAAUUAGAAACCAGCACAGAAUCUCUGGUGCGGUUUCAGCGAGCGGUGGCAGAGUUGCUGCAUAUUGAUCCGGCGAUCGUCGUGGCACGUUUGUCUAACCGUCGCGUGGUACUGCCCCCUCGUGCGGAAAACGCUACGGUGUCCAUUAAAUAUCUCACUUACACUUUGUCGAUGUCAUUGCUUACGGACGCGCGAGUGUUGGAUGGCUCAGCAGAAGAGAUGGGGACUCUCACGCCGUCUCCAGAGCUUCUCCUGCGGUACGCCAAGAUGCUACGUAAUAAUGACACCCAGACAUCCCUCUUGUCGACAUUACUACCGCCAGCUGUUAGUGCGGCUGGCCUUGUGACGGUGAGAGCGCCGUAUAUUAACUUUACGUUUGGCACCGGGGUUGAUUUGCAUGCGGCGCUGGCGCAGCACAGUCAUGAGCUGCCGAAGAGGCCUUUUGAGGAGACGGUGUGGCGGGCCCGUUUUGCCGCCGUUCCGCACGCAACUCUCGUCGCUGAGGAAAUCCCUGACGAUGUGACGAAGGACUCGAGGGGCAAACUGAAUUGGUGGCUGGUGUCAUUACUACUUUUAUUUUCAAUUGCUUUUGUGCUUGGAUCAAUCUUUUUUUACAGGCGUUUUCUCCGGUUCUAUCCCAUGAAGCCGCAACAGAAAGAGGAAAAAAAGGCGUCGCAUGGGCGUUGA